AUGAAUGCACGUAUUAUCAAUGGUGAAAAUGUUGUUCCCUACAGCUGGCCGAUGAUAGUAUCACUUAGAUACGAUUGUUACGAUGAUGGAAAUAUUUCGAGUCAUUGUUGUGGUGGUACUAUUCUAACCGAUUCCUAUAUACUCACAGCUGCACAUUGUGUCAAUAUAAUACCUCUAUCUAGCAUCUUAGCAGGAAAUUUUACGAUUGCUGCUGGUUUUUAUAGACGAUCUCAAGAAUGUCAAACAAUUAGAAAAGUUGAUCAAAUUUUUAUUCAUCCUAAUUGGACAAUAUAUGAGAACAAACUUAGAUACGAUAUUGCUAUACUUCACUUAGACGAACCACUUGAUUUUCACACGAAUUUGUUUAUUAGUCGAACAUGUCUGCCACCUCGAUUAAAUUCUACGAAUGAUAUCAUAAACUAUCCACCUUCUAAUAUUUCUCUAGCUGUAAUUGGAUGGGGUUUUCUUCAUCCUUCUAAUUUUACACCACCUGACAUAUUACAACAGACAACUCUUUUAUCGAUUCAUCAAAAUCAUUCAAUGUGUGCCAGAUCGAUAAAUCAUAUUGAAACACAAUUUUGUGCAGGAGAUGUCGAAGGUAGUAAAGGCGAUUCUGGUGGUCCAAUUCUUCAAUGGAUUGGUGAUCGUUGGGAACAAGUUGGUAUUGUUUCAUAUAUGAUAUUUGGUUGCUCAUCAUCUAAUAAUGUAACUGUUUUUACACGAAUUGCUGCUCUCAACAAUUGGAUCGAGUCAAUUUUGACUGUUGAUAAUACAUCGACAUCUACUACUAUUGACUCAACUAUUAUAAGUACAACGACAGAUACAAUACCUUCAAUUAUUUAUCAUUGUGAGAAACAAAAUGUUUCAUGUGGUUGUAGUUUUCUUGAUGUUUCAUUUCCUCUAUCAAGAAUUAUUGGUGGUCAUGAAGCAAAACCAUUUAGUUGGUCAAUGGUUGUUUCCUUAUUGUCGCUAAGUAGUAAUGAACAUUUUUGUGGUGGAUCCGUGCUCAAUAAUGAUUACAUUUUAACAUCUGCACGAUGUGUAGAAAAUCAGUCGAUUUUAAACAUCUUAGUUGUACCAAUAGUACACAAUCCAUCGGAUAUAGCUUGGUCUCAAUAUCGUCGUAGAGUUGAACAUAUUUACUUCCAUCCUAACUAUACAAGUUCAUCUGGUGAAUAUUUAAAUGAUAUUGCAAUUUUACGUUUAUCGUUUUCGCUCGGCUUGGAAACAACUUUAUUCAUUUCUCGAACAUGUUUACCUAAAAUUAAUUCAACUGAUGAUGUUACAGAUUAUCCUUCAACUGGUACAAAACUAGCUAUAGUCGGAUGGGGUAAACGACACCCGAAUGCUUCUAAUUUAGUUAACAAUCUUCAACAAGCACAAGUCUAUACAUUGGAUAAUAAUGAUCCGACGUGUUAUUCACAAAUAGUCGAUCCUAAGAAUCAGUUUUGCGCUGGAAUUGCUGACGGUAUCCGAGGUGACAUGGGUGGACCGAUAUUUCAAUGGAUGUCAAAUCACUGGGAACAGGUGGGUAUUAUAAGUACUACUCAAUGUGGAAUAAAUUCUGUCCCUAGUAUCUAUACACGAUUGGCUAGUUAUAACAGUUGGAUCACAUCUGUUAUGGAUAUAGAUGAUACAACUUCGACUACUACAUCUACAUCCAUCAGUAUUACUUCAGCAGAUCCUAUUAUUCAUACUUAUCUUUGCAACAAGAACAUGAGAGAUUGUGGUUGUGGUUAUCAAAAUGUUCAACUUGCUACGUCAAGAAUUGUUGGCGGUAACGAAGCUAUUCCAUACAGCUGGUCGAUGAUUAUAUCGAUCCGAUACAAUUGUAAUUUUGAUGGAAAUGUUAAUGCUCAUUGUUGUGGUGGUACUAUUCUUAAUGAUUAUUAUAUUCUUACAGCUGCGCGUUGUGUUGAACAAAUAGAUCAAUCAUCCAUACUAUUACAAAAUAUUACUAUUGUUGCUGGAAUUCACAAUCUAUCAGAAGUCAAUCAAAUAAUUCGACAUGUCGAUCAGAUUUUUAUCCAUCCUGAAUAUGCUGGACAGUCAUAUCUAUAUAAAAAUGAUAUUGCUAUCCUUCAUCUAGACAAACCACUUGGUCUUGACAUAAAUCCAUUUAUUACUCGAACUUGUCUUCCACCUCGAAUCAAUUCAUCCGAAGAUAUUGUCGAAUAUCCAUCAAAUGGAUCCAUGUUAGUUACUAUAGGUUGGGGUAUUACAUAUCAGCUGGAAAACAUGCAACCUCAAGCCUUACAGCAAGUGGGUAUUUAUGCAAUUCAUCAUAAUAAUCCGAUGUGUGAAAGAUCCAUUGGACAUAUUAAUGUUCAAUUUUGCGGAGGAUUGUAUGAUGAUCGUACAGGUAUAUGUUUUGGUGAUUUUGGUGGUCCAAUUUUCAAAUGGUUGGAUGAUCAUUGGCAACAAGUAGGGAUUUCCUCUUAUGUGAUAAAUGACUGUGCAUCAGUAGACUAUCAAAGCGUUUUCACAAGACUUGCUGCUUUUUACGAUUGGAUCGAAGAAGUUGUAAAUCAAAGAAACAUUACAACACUAGCUUCUUCUAAAACAACUACUACUUCUACUGCUAUCAAUACUACGAAGUCCUCAGAUUUCUUUCCAUGUAAUAGAUCUGUUUCGUGCGGUUGUGGGUACAAUGAUGUACUUUUAACAUCCUUACGUAUUGUUGGUAGUGAAGAUGCUAUUGACCAUAGCUGGUCAAUGCUGGUUUCACUUCGUUUUGGUACAUCUAAAGUUCAUGGAUGUGAUGGAACUAUUCUUUCAGCUUCGUAUAUUCUUACUGCAGCUCAUUGUGUAUGGAGAUAUGUAGAAUGGCCAAGCAUGGUGAGUGUGGCUGCAGGUAUGACAAAUCGAUCAGAUCAAAUUGUCUACGAACGAAAUGUCUCUCGUAUCUAUCUACAUCCAAACUAUACCCACUUCUUCAAUGAUUUUCGUAAUGAUAUUGCUUUGUUGUAUAUUGACCGUCCGUUUAUAUUUCAUCACAAUGAAAUGUUGGCUAAAACGUGUGUACAUCAUAUCGAUCCGUCACUUUCUAUUAGUCAAUAUCCAAAGAAUGGCACACGUCUUGUUAUGAUUGGUUGGAGUACGAUGACUCCAGAAAGUUCAGAAUCAGUCGAUCAUCUUCAACAAGUUCAAGUUUAUGCAAUAGACAAUCACGAUCCAGCAUGUUCCGAUUCAAUCAAUGAUGUUAAUAUGCAAUUCUGUGCUGGAUUGUAUGAAGAAGAGAAAGGUCAGUAA